AUGGAUCAACCUGAGCUAGCUAAAGAAGAAGGCCUCAUUGGAGUGAUUUGUGCACCUACCAGGGAAUUGGCUCAUCAAAUAUAUUUGGAAGCUAAGAAGUUUUCCAAAUCUUGUGGUAUUCGUGUGGCUGCAGUUUAUGGUGGGAUGUCGAAGCUUGAUCAAUUCAAGGAAUUGAAGGCAGGGUGUGAGAUAGUUGUAGCUACUCCAGGGAGAUUGAUGGACAUGAUUAAAAUGAAGGCGUUGACUAUGCUGAGGGCAACCUACUUAGUACUUGAUGAAGCUGAUAGAAUGUUUGAUCUUGGUUUUGAGCCUCAAAUAAGGUCAAUAGUGGGUCAAAUAAGACCAGACCGUCAAACAUUAAUUUUUUCAGUAACUAGGCCGCGAAAGGUUGAAAAGAUUGUUAGGGAGAUUCUAUCUGAUCCUGUAAGAGUAACAGUAGGAGAGGUGGGUAUGGCCAAUGAGGAUAUUACCCGAAUUGUCUACGUGAUGCCAUCAGAUGCAGAAAAGUUGCCCUGGCUUCUCGAGAAGCUUCCUGUAAUGAUAGAUGAAGGUGGUGUUCUGGUCUUUGCCUCAAAGAAGGCGGCAGUUGAUGAAGUAGAAGCACAACUGCUUCAGAGAGGUCUUAAGGUAGCAGCAUUUCAUGGUGAUAAGGAUCAGUCUUCUCGUAUGGAGAUAUUACAAAAAUCCAAGUCUGGAAUAUACCAUGUACUCGUUGCAACUGAUGUUGCUGCUCAAGGUCUUGAUAUCAAAUCCAUUACUUCUGUAGUCAACUUUGACAUAGCUAAAGACAUGCACAUGCAUGUACAUCGCAUCGGAAGGACAGGUCGUGCAGGGGAUAAAGAUAGAACUGCGUACACCCUGAUAACGCAAAAGGAGGCAAGAUUUGUUGGUGAACUAGUUAACAGUUUGAUUGCUGCUGAUCAAAAUGUAUCCCCAGAGCUCAUGGAUCUUGCUAUGACGGAUGGGCGGUUCAGAUCAAAACGUGAUGCACGAAAAAGAGGUGGUAAAAGAGCUAAAGGAAGGGGAGGUACUGAUCCUGAGUAUGUUUCAUGCCUUGGGAAGAGAAUAAUGUGUUUGAUGCUUCAUUUGAUGAAGAGUCGAGACUCUAUGUUGGCAAGCUCAUGA